AUGGCUUCCUCAUCACGCUCGGAACCUCCGGAAGAUGCCAGCUUCACAACCAUGGACGAGAAAGACCCGACUCUAAUCGGCAUUCACUGUCAAUACACAUAUUGUAACCAACUCGACUUUCUGCCCUUCCGCUGCGAAUCAUGCCGCGGUACCUACUGUCUCGACCACCGCUCAGAAACGGGGCACCAGUGUCACAAAGCCGGAGAGUGGGCCGCGCAGAGGCGGCGAGCGAACCUCUCGACGCCCUCCCUCGGCGCAGGCAAGAUGAUGGCCGAGGUCGAGAAGCCCUGCGCUUCGCCUGCAUGCAAAACCUUGAUCGGCACAAGUCUCUCGACCUCGGUGCAUUGUUCUACAUGCAAUCGGGACUACUGUCUCAAGCAUAGGCUGAAGGAGGAUCACGACUGCACGAAUCUCGUUCCGAUCGGGGCACGGGUGAGCAAGUUUGAUACUCAGGCCGAUAAUGCGAAGAAUGCGCUGGAGAGGUUGCGAGCUUGGGGGACGGCGCAGAAGGCCAGUAUGGCUACGAGGGUUCUGCCGAAGCCGAAAUCGACGUCGGCGGCCGCGAGGGUGGUCGCUGUGAAUAAACUGAAGAAGACGGCGAAAGGGGACGACAAAAUCCCAGUGGAGAAACGAGUAUAUUUGUAUGUGGAAGCGGAAGCGGCUACGACAUCGUCGAAGUUUCCAAGUGGCGCGUUCUACUACUCGAAGGACUGGGUGAUGGGUAGAGUGCUAGAUGCUGCGGCCAAGAGUCUGCAGGUCAAUAAUGUCAAUAACCAGGCGAUGGACGAGAGGGAGAAGCUAAGGGUCUUUCAUGUCGAGGGAGGGAGGCUGCUGGAGUUCAAUGAGAAGGUCGGGACGGCGCUAGUUAGUGGCAACAGGAUUGUGUUGCUGAGAGGUGUCGGACCUGCAGUGCCGGAUCUGAUAGACCUGACGAGGAAUUGA